AAAGCUGCCCCCUUGUGUAUCUGGUGUCCCCUUUCUCCCUGCUUUCCCACAGGAAGGCGUCACGAGCUUUUGUACUUACUGUUCCCAGAGCCCAUUAAACAGCUUCCCCUGUCUGCACUGGCCCUGGUGGUGGCCAUGGGGACUGUAUUGAGGGCUGAAAUCUCCAGAGGAGAGGAGCCAGCGGGGGGCUUCAUCUUCCCUGAAGACUGGACGUGGCCACCUGGUGGCCCACAGGACCCCCUGUGCCUGGUGACACUGAGCAGGACCAACAGUGGGAACAUAGGCCCCUUGCAGGUGGUGGGAACCCUGAGCAGCUAUGAACACGCUUUCUUGGAGGCUGUUGGGAGGUCCCACUGGGAACCCCAAGACCUGGCCACCUUUGGGGUCUGCAACCUCAGCGACGUGCAGACUGCCCUGCCCUCUCUGCGGCACCUGGGGUCCUGGCUGGGGGAACGGAGGGGUCUGCUGCUGGUCCUGCACCUGGCGGAAGUGACAUGGGAACCAGUGCCCUCGCUGAGGUUCCAGGAGCCCCCCGGAGGAGCCAGCCCCCAUGAGCAGGCGCUGCUGGUGCUCUACCCUGGACCUGGCCCCGAGGUGACUGUCACCGGGGCUGGGCUGCCAGGUGCCCAGGGCCUCUGUCCGACCCACAACACACGCUAUCUGGUGCUGGCCGUGGACCGCCCAGCCGAGGCCUGGAGCAGCUCUGGGCUCACCUUGACCCUGCGGCCCCACGGAGACGGUGGCCCCAUGAGCACCGCCCAGCUCCAGACGCUGCUGUUUGGUUACGACCCCCACUGCUUCACGCGAAUGACCCCGGCCCUCUUCCUGCUGCCAUCUGGGCCCACRCCGCUGCCUGCCCAUGGCCAGUUGGACAUAGUGCCCUUCCCGCCGCCCAGGUCGUCCCCGGAGCCCGAGGAGCUGCCGCCCAGCACAGACCCCUUCCUGGAGACGCUGACGCGCUUGGUGCGCGCGCUGCGAGGGUCCCCCACCCGAGCCUCAUCGCCGCGCCUGGCCCUGGACCCAGGCGCUCUUGCCGGUUUCCCGCAGGGCCUAGUCAACCUGUCAGACCCCGCGGCACUGAAACGCCUCCUCGAUGGCGAGGAGCCUCUACUGCUGUUGCUGCCGCCCGCUGCGGCCACCUCUGGGGACCCCACGCGACUGCAGGGCCCCGCGUCAGCGCCCUGGGCCGCCGGCCUGGUGCAUCGCGUGGCCAUCGAGCUUCAGGCUGCGGCCGCGGAGCUCCGCGGACUCCCGGGCCUGCCGCCUGCAGCGCCCCCAUUGCUAGCGCGUCUGCUGGAGCUGUGUCCGGGUGACUCCAGUGACACUAAGRGCCCUGGCAGCCCCGGGGACCCAAUGCGUGCGCUGCUGCUGUUGAAGGCCUUGCAGGGAUUGCGCGCUGAGUGGCGCGGGCGGGAUCAGCGCGGUUCGGCGAGGGCGCAGCGGAGUGCGGGGGCCACAGGCGCAGGGAACGGGCCGUGCGCGCUGCGUGAGCUCAGCGUGGACCUGCGCGCCGAACGCUCUGUGCUCAUCCCAGAGACAUACCAGGCCAAUAACUGUCAGGGUGAGUGCGGCUGGCCGCAGUCCGACCGAAACCCGCGCUACGGCAACCACGUGGUUCUGCUGCUGAAGAUGCAGGCCCGCGGGGCUGCUCUAGCUCGCCCACCCUGCUGCGUGCCCACCGCCUACGCGGGGAAACUCCUCAUUAGUCUAUCCGAGGAGCGUAUUAGCGCUCACCACGUGCCCAACAUGGUGGCCACCGAGUGCGGCUGCCGGUGACCGCCGCUGCACGGACUCCGCGCGCCCCUCCCCAUAUUUAU